UCUUACUCUCUUCUUCGUUCUCCUCUCGUCUCCUCUCCUCGCUAACAAAUCUAUCUAAGUUAUGAGUUUAGAAUCUCUGAUCUUUCUCUCUCUUGCUCUCUUAAGCGCUCGAUGGAGUUCUGAAGGUCCAACUAUACAUGAUUCUUUUAGCUUUAUUUGCUCUCCUCCCACCCACUGCCCCAUCCUUCUCUCUUCCUCUAAAAAAGAGCAAGAAAGGAAAAGAAAAGAAGAUCCCCACUCAUUACAACUAGUGACUUUUUGUAGACUGACUUGAAGAACAAGGAAUUAUGAGGUGCAAAAAAAAAGGGGUUUGGAUCAAAUUGUGAAAAGGAAAACUCUUUUCUCUCAAGAAGAAAACUACUUGAAACCCAUAUUUAAUGGAGUCACAAAGCAACAACCAGCACCAAAGCAGUAGUAACUACAACAAAAAUAGUACAAAAAGUCAAAAACAAGAAUCAACAGUUUCUUCACUCCAAUUACUCUCUUUUGAAAACCAAUCACAUGAGUCUACUUCUACGGCCACCACUGUUGCCGCUGCCGCCACUGCUUCUGCGGCUUCCACGGACCCAUUUGUGGGUUCCAUAUCCAACCAAAUUAGUGUGAACCCAUCACUGUCUAACUCCAAUUCCGCUAUAACCAAACCCACAACCAAAAGGCCGUCCAAAGACCGGCAUACAAAGGUAGAUGGUCGUGGACGGAGAAUCCGUAUGCCGGCAUUAUGUGCAGCAAGAGUUUUUCAAUUGACCAGAGAAUUAGGUCAUAAAUCUGAUGGAGAAACAAUUGAAUGGCUUCUACAACAAGCAGAACCAGCCAUUAUUGUGGCUACUGGCACUGGUACAAUUCCUGCAAAUUUCUCUACAUUAAAUGUAUCUUUACGUAGCAGUGGUACUACUAUUUCAGCUCCACCGUCAAAAUCCGCACCUCUCUCUUUUCAUAACAGUUUAGGUUUUUAUGAUCCCAGCAAUAAUAAUAGCAAUGGAAGCGAAAAUCGCAGAGUUAUUGGGUCCAAUACUUCAAUGUUAGGAUUCCAUCACCAACUAUACCCUCAAAAUCUUGUUUCUGAUGAGAAUUACAUGAGAAAAACAUAUAGAGAAGAUCUUUUUAAAGAAACAUCAAUUACAACCCAACAUCAAUCCACCGAACCAGAAAUCCACACAAAUUCUAGCAAGACAAGAACUGGAGUUCAAGAUCAAGAGCAACAACAACAACAAGUGGGUUCUACUAGACCAUCAAAUAUUCUUGCAACUCCGGCAACUAUGUGGGCAGUUGCAGCAGCUCCGGCAGCUACAAAUGGUAGUAAUGCAUUUUGGAUGUUACCAGUAGGAGGUAGCGCCACUAAUUCAUCCGCCAUGGCAGAAACUCAGAUGUGGACUUUUCCGACAGCUGGAGUAACUCCUAUGCAGAGACUAAAUUUUAGUACUGGCAGUGGUGGGCGAGUCAGCCCAAUUCAACUUGGGUCAAUGAUAGUGCAGCAACCAUUGGUGCGUGGUCAGCAACUGGGUUUAGGAGUAACAGAGAGUAGUAUGAGAAUUUUAGGUAGUGUUAAUGCUAAUUAUAGCAAUAGUAGGGUUGACUUGGGGAUGAACUUAGAGCAACAUAAUAAUCAAGAAAAUCAGCAACAAGGUAGUGAUAGUGCAGAAGAAAACCCUAAUGAUUCUGAGUAAGAGGUCAAGUGUUAAUUUUGAUAUUUGUGUGUGGUUAUUAUAGUCAUUGUUGAUUGUUAGCCAUGUUUGUUCAGACAGAAAUAAACUUUUGUGCAUAUGGGUCUCUCAAACGCUUUAAAUUAACGAACACCCACAUUUCAUCUUCUCUUUUUGUA